AAACCCCCAGUCCUUCCUUCUUGGCACGUGUCAACGUCGUGCGAGCCGUUUCGCCCACUCCAAAUGCGAAGAUGCCUCAGAAUAUUCCCUUCCAGACGACGACCAAGGGAUAAACAGCUCCCCCUCCCGAAUUUUCUUAGACAAUUAUCGCACUCUAAAUCCUCCAAAAUCUUGUCUUUAGUACUUUCAGCAGGCUAGGGUUCUUGUGAUCGAUGGAAGAAGAAUUGUUAGUCCAAGUUUUCAAAGUGCAGGGAAGAGACAAGCUUGGCAGGAAACUUCUCCGCAUCGUCGGCAAGCUUUUCCCAGCCAAGAUAGGAGAGCAGGCAGUGAAGAGGUACCUGGAGGGGAGGAUAUUUCCAGAGUUGGGCAGUAAACCCUUCUGUGUCGUCUAUUUCCACACCGACGUCCGGCGAUCGGAGAACUUCCCCGGCAUCUCCACCAUCCGGUUUAUAUACGAGGCUAUCCCCGCCGCUAUCCGGGAUAACCUCGAGGCCGUCUAUUUCGUCCACCCCGGCCUUCGCUCCCGACUCUUCCUCGCCGCCUUCGGCCGGUUCCUCUUCAGUUCCGAGUUAUAUGGGAAGGUGAGGUACGUGAGCCGGGUGGAGUACCUGUGGAAGCGAAUGAGGAGGGAAGAGAUGGAGGUGCCGGCAUUCGUGCAGGAGCAUGAUGUAGAGCUGGAGGACCGUCCGCUGAUGGAUUACGGGCUGGAGAGAGGUCGUCACUGCGGCAGCUUGUAUGAUGCUCCCGCCAUGGACGUAUCCGCGCGGUCCAUGUACUCCCUCCGGUGUAUUUCAUAGAGGAAUCACCAGGGUACGUGUUCUCUACAUGGAGGUGUUCAUGCUGCUGCUAGUUUUAAGCUUCUGCUGCAGUCCAUGUACUGCAUACUGUUCAUAUGUUGUGAUGUAUGAUGCAAGAAUAACUCAACAGUUUCUGGAAUGAGAUUGUUUGGACUCUAACAUGUAAUAAUAAAAAGUAAAUAAAUAAAAUAUAUGCUGUUCUCAGUGUUCUGGCU